CUUCCCUUAUAAUCGCCCCCUUCCCUUCCACAUAAGACUCUGCUUCUAGGCUCCUCCCUGUCUCAGCUACUAGGUCCAGUGGCUAUUUCUUAACUUUCAUUUGAAACACUCUUAAAACACUCUUGGCUUCUAGGACACUACUCUUCCUAAAAUUGCCUCCUUUGCUUGAUCUUUCUUAUCUCCAGCCUUUGACUUCCCAAGAUUUAAUUCUCAAACUUCUCUGUCUAUACCCUUCCCAGGAGUUCUUAACCAUUCAUGACUUUAAAUACCAUCUAUGUGCCUUUUUUGAAAAUAGUUUUAUUGAGGGGUACCUGGGUGGCUCAGUUGGUUAGUAUCUGACUUCAGCUCGGGUCAUGAUCUCAACAGUUCAUGGGUUUGAGCCUCACAUCCGGCUCUCUACUGUCAGCCUGGAGCCUGGAUUCUGAGUCUCCCUAUUUUUCUGCCCCUCCCCUGCUCAUGCUCUGUCUUUCUCUGUCCCUCAAUAAUAAAAAAGUUUUAUUGAAAUAUAGUUAGUAUAACAUAAAUUACUUAAAGGUGUACAAUAUAAUGAUUUGAUCUAUGUAUGGUGAAAUGAUUACCACAAUAAGUUAACAUCCAUCACCUCACAUAGUUACAGAUUCUUUUUUUCUUGAGAUGAGAACUUUAAAGAUCUCUCUUAACAACUUUCCAAUGUACAAUAUAGUAUUUAAUGUACUAAUAUACUACUUAUAUAGUAUAAGAGCACUAAGCUUCACAUUACAUCCCCAGGACUUAUUUAUAACUGGAAGUUUAUGCCCCUUGGCCACCUUUCUCAUUCCUCCAUUCCACCUCUACCUGCCCAUACCCCCUGCCUCUGGCAACUCUUAAUCUGUUCUCUAUUUCUAUGAGUUUGGGGUUUUUUUAGAUUUCACAUAUAAGUGAGAACAUACAGUAUUUUGUCUUCAUCUUGACUUGCUUCACUUAGCAUAAUGCCCACAAGGGUGAAUGGAUUAAAAAAAAAAAGUACAUACAUACAUGUGCUGGGAUAUCAUGCAACCAUAAAAAAGGAAACCCUACCACUUACAACAACAUGGAUGGACCUCAAGGACCAUCUGUACAUCUUGAAUCCUAGUUUGUUUGGGUUUUUUUAGCUUUUUAAUGUCUAUUUAUUUUGAGAGAGAGAGACAGACAGCGAGCAGGGGAGGGGCAGAAAGAAAGGGAGACACAGAAUCUGAAGCAGGUUUCAGGCUCUGAGCUGUCAGUACAGGGCCCGAUGUGGGGCUCAAACUCACAAACUGAGAUCAUGACCUGAGCCAAAGUCGGACACUCAACCGACUGAGCCACUCAGGCACCCCUUGACUCCUAGUUUUUUAUCUUAGCCUAAACCUUUCAGCACCAGAUUCAGAUAUCUGACUGCCUCCCUCUCCCCUGUCUAAUUGGCAUCUCAAACUUAAAAUGGCCACGCAAACUGAUUUCUCUCCCAAACCAACACAUCUUACAGUCUUUACUGUCUGAGUUAAAGGUACCUACAUUUACUCAGCUGCCAAAAACCUUGGAGUCAUCAUAGAUACCUUUCUUUUUUUGAGAUUUUAUUUUUAAGUAAAAAUACACAAGCCAGGCUCCCCAUCUUGGAUAUCUUUCAUUCUCACAUCGAGAGAAUGAGAAUGAGAAUCCAAGCCAUCAACAGAUCCUGUCAGUUUUAUCUUAAAAACAUAUCCAGAAUCUACCUAUGUCUUAACACUUCCAUUGCUACCACCUGGUCCAAGCCAUCAUCACUUGCCUGGAUUACUGCAAUAGCCUCCUAAUUGAUCUUCAUGCUUAUAUCCUGUGUGGAGGAUUCUCUACACAGUAGCCAGAGUCAAGACUUCUACUUUCUGCUCAGACAUUUCUUUGUUGUUUUGUUUUGUUUUGUUUCCUUUGCUCAGACGUUUUCAAUGGUUUCCAUCUCAUUUAGUCCUUUCACUGCCUCCAGGAACCUACUCCCAGGGCCCUUGUUACCUAUGGACCAAACAUCCAACCAUUUACCCCAGCUACCCCAAUUUAGCUCAGUGGCUUCCUUGCUUUCCUUCUGACACAUCAAGCAAACUUCCAUUCCAGGAUGUUCGUACCUGCUAUUCUGGCUGCAGAGCUCUUCCCUAGGUAUUCCUAUGGCUCUCUUCCUCCCCUCCUUCAAUUCUUGCUUCUUCCCCUAACAUUUCUGUAAUAGCAGCCUCCCUCCCUCUCUCUCUCUCUCUCUCUCUCUCUCUCUCUCUCUGUGUGUGUGUGUGUGUGUGUGUGUGUGUGUGUGUGUGUGUGUGUGUGUUUAGGUAGGUUCCAUGCCCAAUGUGGGGAUCAAAUUCACAACCCUGAGAUCAAGAGUCACAUGCUCUACCAACUGAACCAGCCAGCCACACCCCCUCCUUCUGUGGUGGUUUUAAAAUAACUCCAUAAAAUUUUUGAUAAUCCUUGGGAUGCUUGGGUGGCCCAGUCAGUUAAGUGUCCAACUCUUGAUAAGGGCUCAGGUCAUGAUCUCGUGACCUAACAGCACAGAGCCCACUUGGGAUUCCCUCUCUCCCUCUGUCUCUGCCCCUCCCCUCACUUGCUCUCUCUCUAAAUAAAUAAAUAAACAUUUUUUUAAAAUUAAAAAAAAGUAUAUAUCUCCCUUAAGAAGUGAAGACUAAUUCCCUUCCCCUUGAAUGUGGGUUGGAUAUUCAUGUAAUUUUAACAAAUACAUGGCAGAAGUGACUAUGUAAUUUCUAAGACUAGACCAAAAAAGCAUUGCUGCCUCCUUUGGUCUCUCUUGGGUCACUCUCUCUGGGAGAAACCAACUGCCAUGUAGGGAGGACCCUCAGGCAGGAGAUCCUUUCCUAUGGAAAGGUCCACCUGGGGAGAAGAGCCUCCUACCAACAGCCAUGUGAGUGAAUCAUCUUGGAAGUGGAUCCUCCAGUCCCAGUCAAGCCUUCAUGUGACUGUAGCUACAGCCAACAUUUAUACUACAACCUCAUGAGAGGCAGUGAGCCAGAACCAUCCAACUAAGCCACUAUCAAAUUCCUGAUCCACAGAAUUGUGAGAAAAUAAAUGUUGUUUUAAGCUUGCUAAAUUUGAGUGUAAUUUACUAUGAAUACAUAACAUCCAUCCAUCUCUUUCUAUUCCCCUCAACCCAGAUUUAUUUUUCCCCAUUUUAAUUAUCACCAUCUGAUACAUUAUGUAUUUCCCCACUGGAAUUAUACCAUUAUAAUAAAGACUUUGUUUUAUUUACUCCUAUUUCCAACAAUGUCUUGCACAAAGUAGCUGCUUGGUAAAUAUAUGUUGGAUCAAUGGAGAUCUAGAUCUGUCUUUGUCUCUGUGAGGUAUAGAAUCAGAUGGGAGCUAAGUGAGGGUAUGAGAGACAUCCUUUCUUCUUCACAGAUGAAGAGAGAGAUAAACCAGGUCCCAGUCAAGCUUCUUGCUUCCCCUCAACCCUUCCCAGUUGUAACCCUCCUGGUCUGGACCCCCAAGAUAGGUUUACUAUGCUUGAUUAAUGAUUGAUUCCUUUCUUUGGGUGAAGCUGCUCAGUCCCUUACCCCUCUCCUACUCUGCCCCUUGUGAAGCAAUCUCCAAAACUCCCAGAACUAGAAUUUCUCCAAGCCAGUUCCUACCUUUCCAAGAAGAAUCUUACCAUCUAUCUCUCUCCAGGCACCUCCUGUUCUCUGAGCACUGAAAGGGAAAUGGGUGUAUGGGGAGCAAGCUGGCCAUAUGAGUUCUGCAGAGCUCUACCGUCUGCCAGGAGCCCCUAGGGCAUGUUUACCAUGGCGUAUUCAGAUUCUCCCCUCUAGGCCCAGAGGAAGGGGCUUGAUGCUUUCCAGGAGUAUUCACACCACCCAAAGCCACUGGAGAGGGAGCAUCAGUACUGAGGACAGUUGGAUGACCAAGGCUUCUUGGGGGAUUGGGGUCUGACUGGCUGUCAGGUCUGAAAUCUGAGCAGAACACUGGAGUGAGCCAAAGUUAUGAGCAGUACUGAGCUUCAGUAUGGCCAGAGGUGGGCCAGAGAGAACAAGGACUUAGUGCCACAGUGGAAUGUGGGUCAGGGACAAGUGUGGAGGAUAGAGACAAGGAACGCAGAGGGGUGGGGCUCCUGGGUGGCUCAGUUGGUUUAGCGUCUGACCCUUGAUUUUGGCUCAGGUCAUGAUCUCAAGGUUUGUGGGAUAGAGCCUCAAGUUGGGCUCUGCGCUGACAGUGCAGAGCCUGCUUGGGAUUCUUUCUCUCCCCUCUCUCUGCCCCUCCCCUGCUCUCUCGCUCUCUCUCUUCCUCUCAAAACGAAUAAAAAUAAACUUAAAACAAAAAAAUUUUUUUUUAACUUAAAAAAAAAAAGAGCAGAGGGGUGUCACCUACCACAAGAAUCUGGUGAGAAGAGCUAGUGGUCCAGGCCAGGGCAAGCUGGGUCUGAGAGGAGGGGACUGACUGGGGGAGGAGAAAGUAGGCAAAAGUCACACCUGAAUUUCUGCCUCCUAGAGGAAUCUUGGCCCUGGGAACAGUGCACCUCACUAAGUAUGAGGUCAGGAGAUGGCCCCUGGUACUGGGUGUGAUAUAGCCGAGUUUCAUACUCAUGCCAGGUGUCACCCCGACAGAUACGGGUUGUUUUGUUCAUUCAUUUGGUAGGUCCACCCCCUUGGGCACAGGAAGCAACUGAGGAAUGUAUGAGGGUUCCUAUGAGGAAUGGGGUCCAGGCUGCUGAGAGAAGAAAUUGUGGCCUGCUACUCAGGACAGUGGCAAAAGAAAAUAAGAAAUAAGAAAUAUGCAUCUGGGGGAUAACUAGAGUUAGGGUGGACCUGGAGUAGUUGGCUGAGGGGUCUAGAGAUAAAGACUGGAGUCACACACACAGGGUUGAGGAUGUGCAAAAUUCUAAUCACUGUUGAAAUGUGGUAUGAGUACCAGAGGUUCAUAAUACUAUUCACCAUUCUUGUGUAUAUGUUUGAAAUUUCCAUAAUAGAAGGUCACAAGAGAUUAAAAAGAAAAAAGUGUGACUAUGUAUCUGCAUGUGGUAUGUGUGUACCCUGCCAUGGAUGUGGACUCAGUUCAGAGACCUCUGAGUGCCAGAGUGCAGACAUGGGAGUCCACCACCAUGGGCAAGUAUUGCACAAACUGCAACCUCCCUGCGGUUGGGGACAGCACUUGUGCAGGGCAGGGGGAGAAGCAUUUGCUCUGUGCAGACCCUCCAUAUUCAUCUCAGUAUCUUGCAGAGUGAUUCCCCUUUCAUGAUCACAACCUGCCCAGGCCAUUGGCGCUGUAGUGUCUAUGUUACCAAGUAUGUGAGACAGGGCAGCUGUGUGCCCGAACUUGUGACAGUAUGUGUUGGUGUGUGAACACGGCUGUUCGUGUGUGAAUGCCAGGCACUGAGUGUGGAUGUGGGGGGCACGACUUGUGGGUGUGGCGGGGCCCUGGUCCAGAGUCCAAUGGUGUUAGACUCCUCACUCUCCUUCGAACGAUUCCUGGCAGCUCUCCAGCGCCCCCUCCUCCCGUUCUGGCAGUGUGGAGGGGGAACACCUGUUGGGGGGCUGGGAGCGGCAGAGCCCCGGGGGGCCUCUCCCCCCGCGCCCCCGCCCGCCCUGCCCCUCUCCGGUCCCGCCCCCGCGGCCGCCGCCAGCAGAGCGGCGCGUGAGCGCACCGCGGCCAGAAGAGCGCACCGCUGCGGGAGCGCACGGCUGGGGACCCCGCGCAGGGAGCAGAGCCGAGGUAGGGGCUGCCCGAGAGGCGGGCAGAGCAGAGGGAACGCCGUGGAGACGCCGGGGGCACCGGGGCGCGCCAGGCUGGCGGCCCUUUCCUCGGGGCCCCGCCUGGUGCCAGCCCCCCCACCAGCGGGGGGACUGCGCCUGGAAGCUGUAAUGGAGGCCCUGCAGAGGCAGCAGGCAGCCCGACUGGCCCAAGGGGUGGGGCCAUUGGCCCCUCAACGCCCAUUGCCACCACCAAUACCUCCCUUGCCUGGCCCUCGGACCCUGCAGGCCCCUGAAGGGGCCUUGGGGGAGGUUGGGACUGAAGAAGAGAAGGAUGCAGAAGAGGAUGAGGAAGGGGAGGAAGCCGGGGCAGAGGAGGAGGCAGCCGAGGAGAGCCGUCCAGGGACCCGGGGCCCCAGCUCACCUUCAAGUCAACCCCCUGGACCUCAUCCCCAUGAAUGGACCUACGAGGAACAGUUCAAGCAGCUGUACGAGCUUGAUGCAGACCCCAAGAGGAAGGAAUUUCUGGAUGACCUGUUUAGCUUCAUGCAGAAGAGGGGGACGCCAGUGAACCGCGUGCCCAUCAUGGCGAAGCAGGUGCUGGACCUGUACGCGCUGUUUCGCCUGGUGACAGCCAAAGGCGGCCUGGUGGAAGUCAUCAACCGCAAGGUGUGGCGGGAGGUCACGCGCGGCCUCAGCCUGCCCACCACCAUCACGUCGGCAGCCUUCACUCUACGCACCCAGUACAUGAAGUACCUGUACCCGUACGAGUGCGAGACGCGGGCGCUCAGCUCCCCAGGGGAGCUCCAGGCAGCCAUCGACAGCAACCGGCGCGAGGGCCGUCGUCAGGCUUACACCGCCGCCCAGCUCUACGGCUUAGCUGGGCCUACACCUCGGGGUACUCCCGGGCAAGUCUCCGUUCCUGGCCCCGCCCCGCCCACGCCCAGCCCACGCCCUGCCCAGGGCUCCGCCUCCGGCCUGCCUGCUCACGCCUGCGCGCAGCUGAGCCCGAGCCCCAUUAAGAAAGAGGAAAGCGGAAUUCCAACCCCUCGACUGGCACUGCCUGUGGGCCUGGCUUUGGGACCUGCAAGGGAGAAGUUGGCACCAGAGGAGCCCCCAGAGAAGAGGGCUGUGCUGAUGGGGCACAUGGACCCACCUCGACCUGGAGCUCCCCCUAGUUUCCUGCCCCGUGGCAAGGUUCCCCUGAGGGAAGAGCGGCUGGAUGGGCCUCUCAAUCUGGCAGGCAGUGGUAUCAGCAGUAUCAACAUGGCCCUAGAGAUCAACGGGGUGGUCUACACUGGUGUCCUCUUUGCUCGCCGACAGCCUGUGCCAGCUUCCCAGGGCCCAACCAACCCUGUACCCCCACUCCCUACAGGGCCACCUUCCAGCACUUCACCCUGAGAACUCCCACUCAGAAUUAAGAGUCCCAGCCCCAAUGCUGAGUGGGGCCCCCCUCACCUUGAUUCUUCUAGGGCACCCAGUCUAGGACCCAGCCCUGGGAGAUGACACCCCCACCCCCACCCAUCCAUGCCCUGUGGACUUGAAGCCAAAGAGUUUUCUUUUGAUGUUACAUCUACCUCAUUGUAAAGGGAGAGCACCUCCUCCCUGGCCAACUCCAGCAGCAUCUACCAAAGAGUUCUGCCCUCCCUAACCCCCAUCAUUUCCUCAUGUGCCUCCCUGUGUCAGUGUCAUCUCUAGGACCCCACCUCUUCAAAUCAGACCUGCUUCUCCUCAGAAGCCAGGUGAAGGGAUAGGUUGGGGUGUUGUGAAGGAGAUAUCCCUCAGGUCACAUCUGAAUAAUAAAGCUGCAGUCCCUCCCUCUCCAGUGCCUCUUCUUGUUUGGGUCUGGGGGUUGGGAGGAAUUAUGUGGUAUACACAGGUUGUUUUUGGGCCAGGGGUUCUCAAGAGGGGAAGACAGAAUAGCAAAGGGCCGUGAAAGUAGUGGGGCUGGGUUUCAUGAUUCAGACUGCCUGGGUUCAAAUCCUGAUUCUGCUACUAUAGUGCGGAGUGGCCUUGGGCAAGGCAUUAGUCGCUUGAACCUUAGAAGACUCCUAAAGAUCAUGGUAUCUCACGGAGUCUCCUACUGAUCUAUGGGAAUAGACCAAUCCUGAAAUAAUAGGUGUAUUUAUAUCGGCAACCUCGGGGAAUAGGGUAGGAAACGUCUUUGGUACCCUUCAAUUAGAAAAAGAAAAGUAAAAGUUUGGACAAGCAGGAACUGGAAACUAGGACAGAGCCUGAUAGGUAGUCGUUGCCUAGGUAACCAGACAGCUUUUGACACCUUUCACUGGCCCUGCCGGUCACUUCCGGCACCCGAGGGCUGAGUCGUAACGUCACUUCUCAUAUUGAGGGAUGCCCCCGCGCUCUGAUUAGCCAGCCUUC